AAGCACAACGCCAUUCAUUUUCAAUUCGAAGGGUUUUCGUUUCCAUUUCCCAUUCAUCAAUGGCGGACGAAGCUCCGACUUCACAGAAUCUUGCACCAAACGUCGACGAAGCGCCAGCUUCUGUUGAUGCCACCAUCGAUUCGACUGGUGGCGGUGGCACAAUGUCUUCCUGCAACAACAAUAAUGUCGCAGAAACAUCUGGUCUGACGUCUGACGGAGAAAUGGACAAGUCACUCGAGUACGCAGAUGAGUUGAUGGAAAGAGGAUCGAAGGCUAACAAGGAACAAGACUAUAGCGAAGCUACUGAUUGCUUCAGUCGUGCCCUAGAAAUCAGGGUUGCACAUUAUGGAGAGCUUGCACCUGAAUGUGUGAGAUCCUAUUAUAAAUAUGGAUGUGCACUCCUGUAUAAAGCUCAAGAGGAAGCCGAUCCAUUAGUUUCAGGUGCUGUGGCCAAGAAAGACGUCGGUUCCGAGCAUGAUUCUGAAAAAGGAUCCGCUAAGGGUGCUGAAAGUGUGGAAACUUCUGUUUCAAGUAAUGCUAAAGAAGGGACUUCAAAUAUUCAAGAAGUUCCAGAAGAUGGUGGUGGUGAGGAAGACCAGGAAGAAGAUGAUGAUGGAAGUGAUGCUGAUGAUGCUGGAGCGGAUGAGGAUGAAUCUGACCUGGAUUUAGCAUGGAAAAUGCUUGAUGUUGCCAGGGCAAUUGCUGAAAAACAAGCAGGUGACUCGAUGGAGAAAGUAGACAUUCUUUCAUCUUUGGCAGAGGUAGCUUUGGAGAGAGAGGAUGUUGAAACCUCCCUCAGCGAUUAUCUGAAAGCAUUAUCAAUGUUGGAACGCCUGGCUGAACCAGACAGUCGUCAUAUAGCUGAACUAAAUUUCAGGAUAUGUUUAUGUCUAGAAAUUGGUUCGAAGGGUCAGGAAGCAAUCCCUUACUGCGAAAAGGCAAUUUCAGUUUGCAAGUCUCGUUUGCAGCGACUCACAAGCGAAAUAGAGAGUUCCUCUAUGGUGUCCGCCAAUCCUGAAGCAGCUGUCCUUGGCCGACAAGCGUCCAACGCUUCACAAACCACCAAUCAUGUUUCUGAUAAAGAAAAAGAGAUCGAGAUUCUCACCGGUCUAUCUACUGAACUGGAAAAGAAGCUUGAAGAUCUCCAGCAGAUUGUUUCAAACCCAUCAUCUAUACUAUCUGAUAUACUGGGAAUGAUAGCUGCCAAGGAGAAAGGCGGACAGACUUCCGCUGCUGCUGGAUUGAGUUCUUCACGGCUCGAGACCGCUAACAGCUCUGGAUUCGAGUCUCCUACUGUUUCUACAGCUCACACUAAUGGUGGUAGUAGUGCCGUCACACAUCUAGGGGUCGUGGGGCGGGGAGUCAAGCGGGUGUCGAUGAGUUCAGCCGCUACAGAGUCUAAUCCGGCAAAAAAGCCUGCCACGGAUCCAUCGGCAGAUAACGGUGGCAGCGGCAACGGCAACGGCAACGCUGCUUGAAGGUUUCGGCUUAUAGGGUUAGGUACUUCAUAUAUUCUAUGAUUCCUGUUAACUCUGAAACAUUUGCUCCCCCUUUGCUCAUUGAAUCUUAUGUGAGAUGCAUGAGUAGUAUCAAUGAAGGUCUGAUGAAAACAACUUUUCUAUUAUUUUAGUAACGGAAACAACUUCUCUA